GUGUCUCCCUUCGCUUUGGUUGGGUGCGCUUGUUUCUUGCAUUUUGUCAAGAAUAAAUUAGGAUUUUUUUUAAUUACUAUUUUUUCAAAUUUCGUCUAAAUCUUCUUGUAUGGCUUUACUAAGCGGUGUUAAGUGAUGUCCUUUGAAGGAUGGUGAUCAAUGCAGCUGUACUCUGAAUAUGGCUGAAGAAAGACUAGUGGUUCUGAAUCGUAGUGACAAUUUAGGAUUUGGUUUCUCCUUGCUUGGUGAAGCCGGUUUGCCACACAUCAUUUACGAAAUUGAAGAAAAUUCGCCAGCAGCUCGUAGUGGAGAGGUGGAGGCGGGAGACGUAUUGCUCAAGGUCAAUGGGACUGAUGUAAACCGGUUCACUACCCGAGAAGUUUUAAAAUGCUUACGACUCUCGGCGGAUCCCGUCACUCUAAGACUGAAAAAGGACCCUCAGAUCAAAGCGAGCGUGAGGCGGUACCUAUCGGCGGCAUCGGAACGUCGCUCUAGCGGCCCUCGUAUCAACCACGACAAUCCGAGGUCACCUUUGUCAAGUAACUCUACGAGUAACUCGUCAAGCAACUCAUCGAGCAACGGGUCUGGUGGCCGGUCAGGCGACAGCUGCGAGGCGCUCCUGGAGAGCGGACGGCGGUCUCAGCCCAAGUUCGAGGCAUACAUGAUGACUGGCGACCUCAUGCUCAACUUAUCGCGCGUCGAACAUCCCCACCACAAUCUACGCGCGCCCGCUCACAGAACACACUAUCAUAGAUACAAUUCGACGCCCGCAUCGCCAAGUGAAACGCGGCAGUGCGGGCGCGCUGAUCUCACGCAACGACACAACUCCUCACCAGACACCGGCCUCGGAGACCAUGCCACUAAAAUGUUCAUAUCCCAGCCGGCGUCGCCAGCGGGCGGAGCGGUGAGUGCGGGCGCGGGUGCGGAGUUAGCGGCGCGGCCGGCGCACGCGGUCCGCACAUCACGUUCCGAGGACCAUUUACAGGAAUCCUCACUGAGCGCGGUGGGUGUAGAGUUAGAGGAGGACGUGACUGCAUCACUCAAUACACUCCUCGACGCCAGACCUGACUCCGCCACGCCCGCGCCACGCUCAGACAGCGAACGAGACAGAAUCGUGUGGACAUACAACGCGCCCGUUUCGUGCGCGUCGGAGCGGACGCAGUGCAACGGCUCCGAGGCCACCUCCAAUUCCACAUCCAUAUCCGACGGCAUGUCACAACGAUCGUCUUCACCAGCGUCGCCCACGUCCGCCUCCUCAUCAGUACUGUCACCGCGAGCAACCAUGUUACAACACCACAGACCAAUCAACGGCGAUAUGAGCCUAUCGGAAGCUGUAUCGAACAUCUCCAGUCCGGACUACCAGGAUCAGAACGACAUGUUCGAGGCGGGACGGGAGUGUCCUCGUAUGGAACUAUCGGACCCCUCGGAUUCUGACUCAACAAUACUGGUAUCAGAGCCGUGUCACAAACGGGCUAAAUCCAACUCGUCAUACAACGGCAGCGACCUCACCCUCAACGGAGAUCACGGCGACUACAGGAUAGUUAUACAGGUGAAGGGCCCCGACAAACAGAACGCGAACGCUAAUGAGACCGUCAACAACAACAACAAUAACAACAACAACACUGGCUACGCGCACAACGGCAAGGAGAACGGGCACACCUCGCCGGACAACCAGGCCUAUCAGAUGGGCAGUGGUUCGGACGGUGGCUCGGACUCCGGUUCGGACGGGGAUUCGCUCCACUCAUUCCACUACAGCCCGAAGGCUGUAGAUAUACCCUCCGCAGAGAGGCUCGCCAAGCGACUAUACCACCUCGACGGCUUCAAGAAGUCUGACGUGUCCAGGCAUCUCAGCAAAAACAAUGAAUUUUCCCGUGCGGUAGCGGAGGAAUACGUAAAACACUUCGAUUUCAGCAGCGAAACACUCGACUCAGCGUUGAGAACAUUCCUCGCGAGAUUCGCCCUCAGCGGCGAGACACAAGAAAGGGAGAGAGUACUAGUGCAUUUUUCACGACGAUAUUUGGAAUGUAAUCCUGGCUCUUUCAAUUCACAAGACGCAGUUCAUACUCUUACGUGCGCCAUAAUGCUUCUGAACACGGAUUUACACGGGGGAGGGAGCGCUUCAUUCAGACGGAUGGCGUGCGCUGAAUUCAUAGACAACCUCGCUGAUCUUAACGACGGCGAGAACUUCCCGCGGGAAACGCUCAAACUUCUCUACCACGCGAUAAGAACGCAACCGCUGCAAUGGGCAUUGGACGGUGAAGCGCCGCCCACCGCGUGUGCGGGGGGGGAUCGUGGCGGGGCGGGGGGCGCGGGCGGUGUGGUGGGCGCCAACCCCUUCCUCGACGUGCCCGACCAGUCGCGCGCCAUCGAGUACAAGAAGGGAUACGUCAUGCGCAAGUGCUGCGUCGACGCCAAUGGAAAGAAGAGUGCGUAGUAUUAUUUUUAAUGUAUAUAUAUACAACGUGUAACGUAAUUAACGCACAUCCUGAAAGGUCAGAUACUGAUACGAUUUCAACAACUUCUAAUAUAGGUAAUGCACUAUAGUCUUGGCUUGUA